CAUGUGGUCAACAUGAGCCUCUUCUUGUGUGCGUCCGUUCUUUAUUUCUACUGAUCUAGUUGCAGUUUUUAGAAUAAUCUCAGGUUCUCUCUUAUUCUUGGGAAAAUUUCAUCUCUGGAACCUUAGAACAAACCGUCGGAUCAAAGUCAGAAUGGUCACUACCGGUUUCUACUCCGGUUGUUUUGUUUUGCUAAGCGUCUUAGCUAGCAUCGUCUCUGCCGAACCAAGAACCAUCAAAGCUAAAGCUGGACAGACUGUCUCUCUACCAUGUCACGCUCCAGACAAUGGACCUGUCAAAGGUGUGGACUGGACCAGAACUCACCUGAAGACAGAUGAACAGGUCUUAUUGUACCGGGAUGGACAUUAUUAUCCAGACAAUCAGGAUACAUCCUUUAGGGACCGAGUGUUUCUGCAGGACGGUUUGAAGGAGAACGGAGACGUGUCUCUGAUUCUGAACAACGUGACGACUAAUGACAGUGGAACGUAUGAGUGUCAUGUGGAGACAAAAACAAACAGAAAAACAACCUCAAUCAACCUCAACGUUGUUCCACCAGGAAAGAAAGAGGAUGGAGGAGACAAGGAUGGAGGAGACAAGGAUGGAGGAGACAAGAGCGGAUCCUGGGGACUGAAAGUUGGUCUGCCAGUUGGAGUUCUUGCUCUUAUUGCUCUUGGUUUUGUGAUCUACAGACGUAAACAGCGUCAGGCUCCUGCUCCUGUUCCUGUUCCUGUUCCUGCUCCUGCUCCUGAACAGACUGGACUUGAGGAGGUUUUAAUGUUCUCAGAUGAACUGAGCUCUGAUUCUCCUGCUGCUGUUUCUACUGAAGUUAAACCACCUCCAGCAGGACCAACCAUUGUCUCUAAUGCUAAUAAUAAUAAUAAUGUAAAAAAUAAUAAUUACAUUAUUUAUAAAGAAUGUAUUUAAAUGUAUCUGUUUUUAUUUAGUUUGACUGAACAGCAAAGUUAUUUAAAAGUUUUAUAUUGAUGCAUAUUAUAUUUAGUGUAAUUUGUGUGUAUAUAAAUAAAUAUUAAGAAGCACUGAGAGUCACUCUUUACAUUCUUCUAAUUAUUAUUGUUAUGUUUAUACUCUAACAGUCCAACAUUAGUGGCAAAGUUUUAGUGAAAUCAACUCUAGAAACAUAGAAACACUGAGACAGACGGGACAGUAAAUAAUACAGUUCUAUAAUAAAACACCUUAACUUUCCUUUUCUUAAAUCAUUACUAUUCAUUUUUUUAUUUAGAGACAAAAGAAAUAAUGAUUU